AUGCCGCGCAUCUUCAACCCAGGGCGUGGAAGCCACGACUUCAUCAGGUUAGUGGAACGCACGACAAAUGCCCUGGUAACGAAAGACGAUGGUGCCUUGGAGGAGGUCAAGAAGGCCUUGAUCCAGGUACACCAGCAGUAUGACCAAGUGCACGAAGAGUCAGAGGCGAAGCAGCUGCGGCUCAAUCGACUGCGUGAGGACAUCCGAACAGCGGACCAGCAGCACAUGAACAAGGGUGACUGGACAAAGAAGGUGGAUGAGACCUGGAACGUCUUGUCCGAACAGUACAUUGAUGUCAUGAAGCGAAACAAGGAAGCCUUGACCAGCCGCAAAGUCUACGAGCACAUGCUGAAGCGGACCCAGCGAGAACAAGCAAUCUUGAAGCAGAAGCUGUUUCAAAUGGAGGAGCACCUGGAUAGGAAGAAGCGUGAGCUUCAGCAGAAGCGGACAGACAGCGAGCAAGCCAGGUGUGCCAAGGUUCAGAUCCACAAGACCCUGGAGUCUUAUAGUGAAGAGGCCAGCAUGGAGCGGGAGGUGCGCAAGUCAGCCUUGGAUGCUAUCGGUGGAGAGCUAGACAAGAGAAAGGAUGCCAAUGGAAGGCGAGCCGACUUCAACAGCUGGCGACAUGAGGUGGCUUUGGAUGCAGCAAACGAAGCAUUCAAUGCCUCGGCGGGGCGACUACGGAAACUCUACGCCAUCGAGAAACUCUCGGGGAACUGUCUGCAGAAGACCACCUUCGAGCAGGUGGAAAGAUCACAGACCACCGAGGACAACUUCCAAAAGAUUCGGGAUGUCACGGGCCUGGCGGAUGUCAUGGACAUCGUUCACAAGUUUCUGAAUCGUGACGUCGAGCAGGAGCAGCUGAAAGCCUCAGUGAAAGAGGCAGAAGUCAACCUGGAGGUUCUACGGCAAAAGCACGAAAAGCUCAAGCAGGAGAUGGAAGGCUUACCAGUCGACCACACCAAUGACCCAAUGGCGCUGCACAAGGAGCUCGAACAGGCCGAACAAAAGCUCAACGAAGCCAUUGAAGAGCAGGAGGCUUGCAGGGUCCGCCUUCAGAAAACCACCCUGCAAUCCGAGCACAUGAAGCGCUGGGCCGCAAGAAUGGGUGGAGUUCUUUCCAAGUUUGAGGAUCCAGCGAAGGUUGAUUCCCCGGCUGACUUGCCGAUGUUCUUUCGAAAGUUCGAAGUUGCCGUAAAGAAGUUCAUCAAGCGGGUAUCCGACCAGAUCAAUGCCGGGAAGAUCAACCGCAAGGUCCUCAGGGAUUUCGAGAAAAUCGAGAACGAGGCCCAGAAGGGCCUCCUCUCCGACCACAACUUCCUGACAAUAAACUGUCGAGCGCAAGCUGCAGAUGGCCAAGGUCGCCCGACUUCACGGCAAGGUGCUGGGGACGGAGCGGAAGAUGACCCACCGACCAACUUCUCCGAAGACCGGGAGAAGUGUAAGAAUGAGUCUAGUAAUCAGCGUUUGCAGCGACACUUGAGGCCAAAGUCCAGAAUGGAAAGCAGCGGAAGGGCCCAGGCUGCUGGCUUUGUUUUCCUGCGCGUUGAGGCGAGCAGGACCAGAGGAUUGGCAGGUCUGGAGCCAGUCACCACGGAGCUCUCGCUGCCGGAGUGGAUGAUGCUCAGUCGUCUGCUUGAACUGGACGUUGAGGAGGCAGACAGCAGCUUCGAGCACUGGGAGAUCAAGAAGAGCAACGAAUUCUGCAAAGCUUGCCAAAACAAGUUCAUGCCGGAUGCAAAGUUCUGCCGGAAUUGUGGCCAGAAGCGACCCAAACUUGCCGAGCUUAAAGCAGAUCGAAGUGGAAAGGUUGCCCUGGCUGCUUUCUUGGAUGAGCAUGGCAUCAAGCAGUCGGACCAUGACUCUCUAGACCAUGUGCAAGAGAUGCUUGUGCUUGCUCGACAGAAGCUUGCCAACGGCGAAAGCUACCUCGACCAUUCGACGUCGAGUGCCCUACCAGUGGCCGUCUCGCAGGUGCUGUGGGGCCUCUCCCAGCAGCGGAAGCCUGCUGAAUGCUGCUGGGAAGUGGUGGAUGAUGGCACUGUCGUUCUGUCCACCGCGGGCAGGAAGGCAAUUGAGCGGCUCCGUUCCCAGCCGAACGACCUCGUGGAGAAGGUGAAGCAGGCCAACAUUCAGCCGCCCCUACUGCCCAGUCAUGCUGGACGCCAGGGAAAUCGGGAGAACUGCGUGUCGAGUGUCCAGACAAUCAUCGAAAAGUGCAACAAGGAGGGCACAAAGUACACUGAUCCUCGGUGGAAUGUCGGCGCAGAUCCUGCAAAGGUGCUGUACGUGGAUGCGCAGCAGCCAGGCUAUGACUGCACUGUGGCAAAGCCAGCCGGCUACAAACGUCUCACAGAGAUCAUCGAUGAGCCGGUUCUCUUCAAGGGCGGAGUGAGGCCUGCCGAUAUCAUCCAGGGCCAGAUCGGAACCUGCUUCUUCCUGGGCGUGCGUCUCCCAGUUGGAGUUGCCUUGGUCCAUUGCGGAACUCUUCUUCAUCCAUCGUUCUUGUCGCUGGAGCAUCUGGGACUUGCCUUCAGCGUCGAAUUGGCGGUCUUUGGCAUCUACAAAGCGCUGCCUUGCUUUGCCUUCGCUGGAGUGGGACGUGCUUCUCAUGUGAGCCUGGAGCAGCGGACAAGGUCAUCAGCGCCUGCUGCAGAUCGGCUUUUGUCAAGCCGGCCAGCCAUGCCAGUUGGCAUCGAAGAGGUCGCUGCAACCCCUGCGAUGGAGAGCAUGGGGCUGAUGGGACUUGUACUGGUUGCUGGCCAAGCCAUUUCCGGCCUGGCAGCACUCUACGCCAUCAUGUCCUUUGCUGAGUAUGUGUACCAUCGGUACUUUCAGCAUCUGGGCCUGAACAAAGUCGACGCUGUUCGGGCGGUUCGAUCGACCUUCAACCUGAGUACUUUCCGUGGUGAUGGUCACGUGGAGCAUCAUCGGGAGACGAUCGAUGACGACAUGAGUCUCGACGUUGAACAUGGGCGUGAUCCGAUCUUGGACAUGGAUCCCUGGAGAGGUACCUGCUUCCCUUGGGACGGCAGCUUGAAAAUGUCCGCCGGCGUAAUGUUGAUGGCCUACCCUACCUUGUCAUUCCUGGGCUGGUCGGGCUAUGUCAUUGUCCCGGUGGUGCUGAGCGCCAUGCUCCUCCAUGCUCUGGUUUGGAACGCUCUGCAUCCGAACAUGCACGGCCUGGAAGACGUUCCGCUGGAGGUUGGGGCUCCCAGUUGGGUUCUGGCUGGCCUGCGUGACUCUGCGUUGUUCAAAUACCUGCGCGUCAAUCACGAAGGCCACCACCGGGCCAAUGGUGCCCAUGGCAACUACAAUGUGUGCUGCCCUGGUGUGGAUCAAGUCGUUGGCACCACCGUCGACUGUGUAACAGGCGCUCCACUGCCCAAGCCUGCCCCGGAUUGGCUGACAUUGCUUGUGGCUGUCGCUGCCGCUCCUCUCAUGCCUGCGAUGGCGCCCCCCGGCCUCGACAUGGGGGAAAGCAAGAAGGUGCCACAAUACGCCGGGAUGUGCCCUCAUGUGGAUGAGCAAGAUGCCUCCACGAGAAUCUCUGAAGCCUUGGGAAGCAGGUCCUGCCAUUGCAACCUGUCAUGGUGUGUUGCGGUAGCAAUGCGGUUCAUGUUGGUUGAUUCUGACCAUGGCUGCCUGGUUGCGAGUCCAGCAGAAGGCUCGGAUCGUACAUUCCAUUUUGACCGUGGUCUUGUGGAGCUGCAGCGCCGCGCCGGCCUUGCGUUACCAAGGCAUUGGGUGCAAUGGCUGCAGCACCCAGUUGGCGAAGACCCGGAGAAUGUGCGGUCGUGCUUCAUGGAGCACGAUAUCGACGUUGGUGUGUACGGUGUCAGGUUCUUCCUGGACGGCGAGUGGUACCACACCAUCAUUGAUGAUUGGAUGCCCGUCGACCAGUAUGGUCGGAUGCUGUAUGCCAAGAGCUAUGAUCACGAUGAAGUGUGGGUACCUCUUCUGGAGAAGGCAUUCUGCAAGUUACACACGUGCUACGAGAUGUGCGACGGCGGCCAGCCUGGAGAGGCCGUCUCGGUUCUAUUUGGAGGGGCCAUGGGAAAGUUCAAGAUAAAGGAGAAGACCAGGUACAAACCCUUGGCCGCCAACGUCUACUACGAGACUCUCCACGAUGCGCACGAAGCCGGUUGGGUACUUUCCACCACCUUCACCAAGUCGAGGGCUGCAGGAGGGAAAGCUGGGCAAGGAAAGUGCGGAGAGGGCAUCACCAAUGAUGGCCUCGUGCAUGGGCAUGUGUAUUCAGUGCUUCGUGUCGUGGAAGCUUGUGGCAACAAGCUGGUUUGCUGUCGAAAUCCCUGGGGCCAGGGUGAGUGGAAGGGGAAAUGGUCUGAUGCGAAUGCCUUUGGUGAGUGGACUCCAGAAAUGAAGGAAGCAACAAACUACCGGGGCGGCGAUGACGGCACCUUUUGGAUGAGCAUUGAGGACUUCCUUGCGACUUCCGGAGGGGUACAUUAUUCGCGCACCCUUGGAUGCAAGUGGAAGCAGUUGUCGCAGUACUCAUACUUCCAGACUGGCAAGAUGCAGGCCACGGCGUUGUGGACGUACAAGGCGCGGGCGGACGAUGAGAUUGGCUUCUGGAAAGGUGAUCAGAUCCAGGUGGCGCGCAUUGCCCCUGGAUGGUGGAGUGGUACGGCGGCAGGGUCAUCAAAAUCAGGUGCCAACCUCGCCGGUCAGGGAAGUGACAUGUUCGCUUCACGAUGUCGCCCAGGCUUCUUCCCGGGCAAUUAUGUCAAGCUGGAUGAUCGUGAGCACCUGCAGCGAUGUGUUGACAAAGCCGUGUACAUUAGCUGCACUUGUACGAAGCUGUCCGACCUUCAGGUCCUAUCUCCCGCUUUGACCUUGAUAGCACUGAGAAACAAGACGCCAAGGACACCAUGCGUGGGCCUCGGCCGGCUAGACUUGCAUGCGCAGCGGUCAUGGUGUGAAUCGAGCCUUGGGGUGUGCCGGGUCGAGGACAGCUGUGGCACGACACUUGGAAAGCAGGAUGGCUUAAACUACAAGGACUGCGUGACAUGUUGCUGGGCUGUCGGCUUACUAACACUAGACAUCUUGCAGCAGACCCAGAAGCUUUGGGAUGGCCAGCUGGCAGAAAGAAUUCUGAGCCAGGAGGGCAAGCUUCGCGAGGUGUUGGACAGGCGCAUCUUUACGGCAAGAAAGCUGUGGCAAGAGCAAGCCACCUUGAUCUUCCAAUAG